CGCCAGCCAAGAGCGCCACCUAUUAUCACGGAAUUCCAUACGGAGUACCUGACCACACAAGUGAUACAACAGCCCUUGGGCAGCCAUCCAAUAAGCUCCGGACCAGGACUCUGCGGCAGGGAAAAGGGGAUUUCUGGAGUGCGACAAAGCUAAGAUCCUGGGUAAACGAGUUUCCCUUUCCACAAUUAAAUACCACCUGAGCUACCAGAGCAUGAACCGAACCUGCACUUCAAAAAUCCAGUAACUUAGUCCUUGCUGGGCCUUUCGCCUCUGGGCUUCGCUCGAUUGACCUAUCUUACUUUCAACUUCCCUUCCGUCAUCAUCUUAGGAAUACAAACUCAUGACGCUGUAGGAGCUGUCCCCGUUCCUUGGUUCAGUUUCAACUCUCGCUGUCACCGCUCAAAUUCUAUACCGCGCCGUACGAUGUCACCGGCCAAUGAAAUGGCCGAUAAUCCCCAAUCGAGCAAUGAUUCCCAGAUCUCCUUCAAGGUGAAGAUCUUAUCGGGGAGCUCGCGCGAUUUCAUCAUGGACGGUCUAGAAACUGACUUUGACCUCCGCGAGAAGGUUGCCGCAGAGUUCCCUAAGGAGAUUUCUGCAAACUCGUCACGCGUAAUCUUCUCUGGUCGAGUUAUGGCGAGCGACAAAACUUUGAGCGCCUGCGGGAUCAAGAGCGGUAACACAGUCUUCAUCCAUAACAGCGCUGCCAGCAAUCAGCAAUCGGAUCCGGCUUCCGGCGUUAAUACCCCCGCAUCAACACCUAUCUCUGCCAAGACAGACAUGAUCAACCAGCUUUUUGCCAACUUAACGGAUACCGCACCUGAUAACAUAUGUGCUCCUGACCAUCUUCAAGGGGUGGAUGCGGCUUUCCAGAACCCCAACUUGAUCGAGGCCCUACUCGGUUUUGAACUUCCGCUAAAAAAUUUUCAAGCUCAACCGCUCUUUCAGUUAUUCCCACUAACAACGCCACUUCCCGACGAUGACAUGAUGAUAGCAGGCGAGUCCCUGAGCUCGUCCGGCUGCGAAGGGAUAGGGGCAUUCCUUACCCCUGUAUUCAUUGCAGAAAAUGUGCAUGGGCAACGAAAACAGAACACGUCUGUCACACGCCUCUUCCCGCCAGACCUAGCGGGUAUUCAGAUGAGAGAGGGUAUCCCUGACGUGCGGAGUCCAAUGCAAGAUCUGGACGAGCUUCAUUUGGAGGUCAGAUACGAGGACUAUUACGCUGAGCAAUUGCGACAGUUGAACAACAAGGGCUUUUACGACUUCGAUCACAAUGUUGAAGCUCUGAACCAAGUUGGUGGAUCUGUUGAGGGAGCCAUUGAGUAUCUCAGGAGGAAGAAGCUGGAUAAUGUGCCUGAUAGAUCUUAAUCUACUAGGCUUGGUGUGGAGAACUUUAGAUUUGGGUGUCAGUCAGAACAGAAGGGAGCUCAUUUUUGUGCCAACCGACGAGCCACGCAAGUCAAGCAACAUUGGUUAGUGAAAAUAGAUCUACCAAUUGGAGCCAGAAUGGCUGGGAGAAUAAAGAGUAUCUGGGACUCGCACUUAUAUACAAGUAUAGGGUUAUAUUUUUACAGAACCACUUGCAGAUCCCUUACGCUGAUUCGUCAAAAGAAAAGAGAGGAGUUGAUGAUGCUCUUGGCUUUCUUUCUUGUUAAAGCAUGAGCCACUUUCUUUUCAGUGAUUGUACGAAGACUCUCAGGACGAACGCAGAGUGAUAUACCGGUGACAGUCGCCACACAUACGUCAAGCUUCAAAUAAGAUAUCACAUAAUCGAGGCUGG